AUGUGCAUAAUGUACCAGCUAGUGGAGCCGCUGACCGGCAAGACAUGGUCUCUCUCCGACUUUGACGGCCACCCGGCUCUCCUCCUAUGGUUAAUGAGCACACCUUCUCCCCUCUCAGUCCAAUUCCUCCUCCUUGUGAACACCGCGCCUCCCAAGUCAUCUCCUCCGGAAUCAAUGCCCUUUGUGGUCAUGUUCAUCUGCAACCAUUGCCCGUUCGUGGUUCAUAUCAAGUCGCAACUUGUUGCUCUUGGCAACGAGUACAUUUCCAAGCAUGGGCUAGCAGUGGUUGCAAUCUCGUCCAACUCGGUGCUCACCCACCCUCAGGACGGACCCGAUAAAAUGGCUGAGGAAGCCAAGCAGUUCAACUUCCCCUUUCCCUACCUCUAUGACGAGACUCAAGAAGUGGCCAAGGCGUAUCAUGCUGCCUGCACGCCCAAAGUCUUUCUCUUCAGAAAGGACGGCCGCCGCCCACGCAAGAGGUGGCCAAGGCCUACCAUGCUGCCUGCACGCCGGACUUCUUUCUCUUCAAGAAGGACGGCCGUUCUCCCCUCUCUCCUACCCUUCCACCAGACUCAGGAGGUGGCCAAGACCUAUCACGCUGCCUGCACGCCAGACUUCUUUCUCUUCAAAAAGGACGGCCGCCGCCCCUUUGAGCUCGCAUACCACGGCCAGCUCGACGACUCCCGCCCCAACAACGGCCGCCCGGUCACCGGCAAGGACCUGCGUGCUGCUCUCGACUGCGUGCUCUCUGCACGACCGGUCCCCAGUGCGCAAAGGCCCAGGUGA